CGAGGGAGGAGUCACGCGACCUCGUUCCGCCGCGGGUCGCGGUCACAUGACCCGGGGAAGAUGGCCACGCUGACAGCGGAACACUUUGCUGCGCUCCAGUUGCUGCUGAAGGCCUCCUCGAAAGAUGUUGUCCGGCAGCUGUGCCGAGAGAGCUUUUCCAGUGCAGCCCCCGGCGCCCACCCACUGCUGGAGACGACGUGUUCCAGCCUGUCAGUGACCCGGGCGGAGGCCGAGCAGCUGCUCCAGGCCCUGCACGGCCUCACCAGCCUGGUGGUCUUCCGCAACCUGACCUCCGCCGAGGCGAUCCUGGCUCUCUUCCCCGAGGAUUUCCACCAGAGCCUCAAGAACCUGCUGACGAAGAUCAUCCUGGAACACGUAGCUACUUGGAGAACUGAAGCCCAAAACAAUCAGAUCUCCCUGCCGCGCCUGGUGGACCUGGACUGGAGAGUGGACAUCAAGACCGCCUCGGACAGCAUUAGCCGCAUGGCCGUCCCCACCUGCCUGCUCCAGAUGAAGAUCCAGGAAGACCCCGUUCUGUGUGGGGACAAACCGUCCGUGACAGCGGUCACCAUGGAGCUGAGUAAGGAGACACUGGACACCAUGCUCGACGGGCUUGGCCGCAUCCGAGACCAGCUCUCCGCCGUGGCCAACAAAUGAGCCGGCCGACUGCCCUUGUCCCCCCGGGCGUGUCCCCGCCGCAGGUCGGCUACU